AUGUCAACUGUGAAGUUUGAACUGGAUUAUCUUUCUUCUGAAGGCUUCAGACAUGAGCAUGCUUCCAACUCAGAUUUUACCUUAACCUCUUUGACUGAACUCUCCGGUGAUUCUAGUCACUUGAAACUUCAGCACUCCAAUUCUGUCCCUGCUGGCUUGCAAAUGUGCUCAUCGCACCGUGGGCUCGAUAAGAGUACGUGGGCUGCCAAAGGCAUAUACAAUGAAGGUAUGAAUUUAAGCAAGAGUGAGAUAGCAAAAGAAACUUCGUUAAAACCAUCUCGGAGAUCCCUGCCUUGUCUGGUCCAGAGCUAUGCUUACUCAAAGACCUUGAGCCAGUCUACCUCGCUCUUCCAGUCAGUUGAGAGUGAAUCGCAGGCUCCCACUUCUGUAACCUUAAUCUCUGCUGACAAAGCAGAGCAAGUUAAUGCUGAAGGGGACAAAAAAGACUCCAUGCUCAAAUGCUCUUUCACUGACCUCAGUGACUUUUGCUUAGCCCUAGGAAAAGAUAAAGAUUACAUCGAUGAAUCAGAACAUGCUAAUUAUGACCGAUCUCGGCUCAUUAAAGAUUUUAUCCCCAAAGAUAAUUCUGAAUCCAAGAGAAGAUUGCCUAAGAAUGACAUGAAUUACAUAGCAUCCAGUGGACUUCUAUUCAAAGAUGGCAAAAAGCGGAUUGAUUACAUCUUGGUUUAUAGAAAGUCAAAUAUACAAUAUGAUAAAAGAAACACAUUUGAAAAGAACCUCAGAGCAGAAGGCUUGAUGUUGGAAAAGGAGCCAGCUGUUGCAAAUGCUGAUAUCAUGUUUAUUAAAAUUCACAUUCCAUGGGACACGCUGUGCAAGUAUGCAGAGAGGUUGAAUAUCAGGAUGCCCUUCAGGAAAAAAUCCUAUUACACUGACCAGAGGACCAAAUCAAUGGGCAGUGUACACAAUUAUUUUAGAAGACUCAAAAAAUGGAUGUCCCAGAACCCAAUGGUUCUUGACAAGUCAGCUUUUCCAGACCUGGAGGAGUCAGACUGCUAUACUGGCCCCUUCAGCCGUGCUCGGAUUCACCACUUUAUAAUAAACAAUAAGGACACCUUCUUCAGCAAUGCUACUCGAAGCAGGAUAGUCUAUCACAUGCUGCAGCACACCAAAUAUGAAAACGGAAUAUCAAAAGUGGGUAUCUGUAAACUUAUAAACAAUGGUUCAUAUAUAGCAGCUUUUCCCCCACAUGAGGGAGCCUACAAGAGUAGCCAGCCCAUCAAAACCCACGGACCUCAGAAUAACAGACAUCUAUUAUAUGAGCGCUGGGCACGCUGGGGAAUGUGGUACAAGCAUCAGCCCCUGGAUUUAAUCAGGCUAUAUUUUGGUGAGAAGAUUGGUCUAUAUUUUGCUUGGUUGGGAUGGUAUACUGGAAUCCAAGAAAUUUGCAAGGCUACUGAAGUCUUCAUGUGCCCUCUCUGUGACAAGAACUGCUCACUACAGAGACUCAAUGAAAGCUGUAUCUAUGCCAAGGUGACAUAUUUGUUUGAUAAUGGAGGGACAGUCUUCUUUGCUAUUUUUAUGGCAAUAUGGGCCACAGUCUUCCUGGAGUUUUGGAAAAGGAGAAGAAGUACACUGACCUAUACUUGGGACCUUAUUGAAUGGGAAGAAGAGGAGGAAACACUUCGUCCACAGUUUGAAGCAAAGUAUUACACGAUGGAGAGGGUGAAUCCCAUCAGUGGAAAACCUGAGCCACAUCAGCCUUCCUCAGACAAAGUCAGUCGUCUUCUUGUUUCUAUCUCAGGAAUAUUCUUCAUGAUUUCUUUGGUGAUUACUGCAGUCUUUGCAGUUGUGGUAUAUCGCCUGGUUGUCAUGGAACAGUUUGCAUCUUUCAAGUGGAAUUUCAUCAAACAACAUUGGCAGUUCGCAACAUCUGCUGCUGCUGUCUGUAUCAAUUUUGUAAUCAUUAUGGCACUGAAUCUUGCCUAUGAAAAAAUUGCUUACCUUCUCACUAAUUUAGAAUUUCCUCGAACAGAAUCUGAAUGGGAAAACAGCUUUGCCCUAAAGAUGUUCCUCUUCCAGUUUGUCAAUUUAAAUAGUUCUAUCUUCUAUAUUGCUUUCUUUUUGGGGAGAUUUGUAGGCCACCCAGGAAAUUACAAUAAACUUUUUAACCGGUGGAGACUAGAGGAAUGUCACCCUAGUGGCUGUUUGAUAGACCUCUGCCUCCAGAUGGGAGUUAUCAUGUUUUUGAAGCAAAUAUGGAACAACUUUAUGGAACUGGGAUACCCGUUGAUCCAGAACUGGUGGUCAAGACAUAAAAUCAAGCGGGGAAUCCAAGAUGCAUCUAUACCUCAGUGGGAAAAUGAUUGGAAUCUGCAGCCCAUGAAUAUUCAUGGACUGAUGGAUGAAUACUUAGAAAUGGUUUUACAGUUUGGUUUUACCACCAUCUUUGUUGCGGCUUUUCCUCUGGCCCCUCUUUUGGCUUUGUUAAACAAUAUCAUUGAAAUCAGGCUGGAUGCAUACAAAUUUGUCACACAGUGGCGGAGGCCUCUGCCAGCUCGAGCAACUGACAUAGGUAUCUGGUAUGGAAUUCUUGAAGGAAUUGGUAUAUUGGCUGUGAUUACCAAUGCAUUUGUAAUUGCUAUUACAUCUGAUUACAUCCCACGUUUUGUCUACGAAUACAAAUAUGGCCCCUGUGCAAGUCAUUUUGAAUAUGGUGAAAAUUGUUUAAAGGGAUAUGUCAACAAUAGCCUGUCCUUCUUUGACCUGAGUGAGCUUGGCAUGGGAAAGUCUGGUUAUUGCAGAUACCGAGACUACAGAGGUCCUCCUUGGAGUUCCAAACCCUAUGAGUUCACCUUACAAUACUGGCAUAUCCUCGCUGCUCGAUUGGCCUUCAUUAUCGUGUUUGAGCACCUUGUUUUUGGGAUCAAGUCAUUCAUCGCAUACCUGAUUCCAGAUGUACCAAAGAACCUAUAUGACCGAAUACGACGGGAGAAGUACUUAGUCCAAGAAAUGAUGUAUGAGGCUGAACUAGAGCAUUUGCAACAACAGCGGAGAAAAAGUGGUCAUCCUGUUCACCAUGAAUGGCCUUAGUUGGUACCUGUAGCCCA